AAAGUUUGGUUCUAAUUAACCAAUCACUAACUGAAUUAAAACUUGACCAAUGUGCUAAAUUAUCUAAUUUAGAUCUUACUUCUCUGGAUCAGUUAACCAAUUUGGAUAUUAGUCAUAAUCUCCAAUUAAGCAGAAUGUAUUGUGACACAGAAUUGCAACCGAUUAAAAAUUUAAGGGAAAAGAUCCAAUCAGCAGAGCAAAGAUUAGCCGAUUGUCAAAGGAGCAAUACUGGCAAGCAGGAGGAGAUUAAUAGGUUGGAACAGGAACUUCAACAAUUACGGGAGUUAAAAAGUAGAUUGGAGAGUAAUUGGGAGCAAAAGGAAA